AUAUAGUGGCAGCAUGGUUUUUGGCGAAGUGUCCCAAAUUUCCAGUCCGCCUAGACAGUCUAGUGGUUGAUCCGGUGUUGGCAGAUUCUUGUAAAGGGUAUAAUAAGUCGAUCUCCCCAUCGGACUUGUGGAGUCCUCCGCCCCUUGGUUUUUUUAAAGUUAAUGUCAAUGGGGCAGUGAACAGAGACUGGAAAAGCAGUGGGAUUGGGGGAAUCCUUAGGGAUGAAAAGAAUAAGGUGCUGGGUUCUUUCUCGAUUUCUUCUGGUCCAGGUCCGCCGGGUUUAGCUGAAUUGAAGGCCAUUCAGACUGGUAUAGGCUUCUUUAUGGAAUCAGAGUGGGAAGGAAAGGGUCGGUUAAUUAUAGAGUCUGAUUCGGCAAUUGCAGUGAAUUGGAUAAAGAAUACAGGGGAUUGUCCUGUUUUGUUUUUCCAAUUAGUUAGGAAAAUUGUCAAUAGUGUUUUGGAACGUAAUAUAAUUAUUAGGUUUGUUAAGAGAGGUGUCAAUUGGGAGGCUGAUAGGUUGGCGAAGAAGGGUAUAGGAUAA